AUGGACAAAGAUGCCAUGGAGCCUCAUGCCAAGAUCUACCGCCGAUCUCGAUCUUCUCCACCUCGAAUGCCAUGGUGGAGGGGCAGUAAUGACCAGGCUUCCGCUGCGCAGGAGGAAGGGGUUCCAGCGAGACUGUUGGGAAUGAGCAGUAUGGAGUAUUCCAUCGAGAAGCUGUCCGAGUCCCCAGAGGCUGAGCUCUCGUCGCCGCUCUCUCGUGAGACAGUCGAUCUGAGAAGAAAAUUUGAGAAAGCACUGGCAGAGGAGCGAGAGAGACACGCGAGGGAGCUCGGGCGCUUGCGCCAGGCUGCGGACCGAACCGAAGCCGACAUGCAGCAGGCAGUGAAGGUGCAGCACCAAGCCGUGGAUGAGCUUACAUGUGAAUUUCGCGGAAGGUGUCAAGAGGUGGAAGAUCGCAUGCAGACGAAGCUGAUGGCAGAGAUCGCAGAAUUGACGAGGCGACCAGCAGUGCAGCCUCUGCAAUCGUCGAACAAAUCUUCAACUCCUGGCGUGGAGAAGAUUAUGCCGCAGCUCCAGGAGCUUCAGUGGCAUCAGACUGGCAUCAGCACGUCUAUCAGCACCCUGCAACCGCGACUGGGGGCCUGCGAGGCCAAGCUCCAUGCUCAGGAUGUCGUCCUGGACAGCUUAACCAAGCAGGUCGGCGAUGCUUGCAAAGCCUUGGCCUCGCUGUCGACCAAAGCGGUGGCCGCGGAGAACUUGGAAGGCUUGCAGCAGAAGCUCCUGGCCGCGGAGCGUCGGAUCCAUGCGUCGGAGGUUUCAACUGAUUGCCUCAAGAAUCAAGUCCAGCAGCUUAGGGUGCGACCGGCAGACGGAGAGAUUCCGCUCUCCGUGCCGGACAUCACGACUCAGAGCGACGGCAUGCUAGCUCGGCAGCUGGGUCUAGAGAGAAUCUUUGGCGACUUUCGACGUGGGAUCCAGAGCCCAAAGCACCGUCGAACCCACUCGCCGCACAAUGCCAGGGAACCCGCAACUGUGAAGCGGCUGCCUUUUCGAGUGGGUCGUCCAUCUGGGCGCAAGGCAUCCGACAGCGAGGAGGCGCCCUAUUUCGUGGCCCAGCCAACGCUGGAGAGCACGUUGGGCAGAACGCAAUCCGAAUCCCUGGAGCUGCCCUUCGAGCUUCACUCAUCACCCAGUUCACAGUAG